AUGAGUGAGAUUGACAAUCACAUUCAGAAUCUGGCAAAGAUUUGUCGACUGUGCCACGUGAAAAAGGCUACAAGAGAGAAGCGUGUCUGGAAAAAAGUUGAGGAAUAUGCUGAUAUACUCCAAACUUCAUUUGCUAUUGAUGUAAGUUUGGAUGAUGAAGCUACUCACCCGAAAUCUGUCUGUGAAAAAUGCAGGCUAAAACUGCGCUACAUAAAACGUGCUGGUGGUAGCAGCGUGGCGACUACAUUUGAUAUCAAAACGUACAGCCCACACGACAGUUUAAAUUGUGAUAUAUGCAAGAAACAGGAGCAAGAAGGACGUGGACAAAAGCGACCUAGAACGAAGCAUGAACAAA